UGCGGAGCCAUGGAGUUGAGCUGCAGUGAAGUACCUCUUUACGGGCAGAUGACAGUCUUUGCAAAGUUUGGCAAAAAUGUUUAUCUUCCUGAAGAUGCCGAGUUUUACUUUAUUUAUGAUGGCUCUCACCAGAGACACAUCAUGUUUGCAGAGCGCAUUGAGGAUAACGUUCUCCGGUCCAGCAUUCCAGGCCAUGGGUGUCAGGAGACGGUGAUGGUGUCCGUGUGCCUCUGCUCAGAAGGCUACUCCCCAGUGACCAUGGGCUCCUGCUCGGUGACCUACGUGGACGACAUGGCUUGCCGGCUGGCCCGCUUGCUGGUUACCCAGGUGGAUCGCCUCACAGCCUCUAGCCACCAGACCCUGUUGACCCCGUUCGCCCUCACAGUGGGAGUGCUGCCUGCUUUGGAUGAGGAGCUCGUGCUGGCUCUGACGCAUCUGGAGUUGCCUCAGGGCUGGACCGUCUUGGGAAAUUCCUCACUGGCAGUAUCUCUACACAGAGAGUCUCUUCUACACUUGGCCGCAAGAUGGGGCCUGGAUAAGCUUUUCCAGUUCCUCUUGUGUCUCCCUGGGGGAGUCCAGGCCUUGGCUUUACCUAACGAAGAGGGUGCCACACCGUUAGACUUAGCUUUACAUGGAGGACACUCCAAGCUGGUGGAAGACAUCACCAAUUUUCAGGGCAGACGUCCCCCAGUGCCCUUCUCCCGAGUGCAGCUGAAUGAAGAUGCCUCCCUGCAUUACGGUCAUGCAUCAGCAACUCUGACCCUGACCCUGAACCACACAGCGGAGCAUCUGUUGGAGGCAGACAUUAAACUCUUCCGGAAAUACUUCUGGGAUAGAUCCUUUCUUACCAAGGCUCUUGAGCAAGAAGCCAGACCAGAGGAAAAACUAACUAUGCCUGCCAGUCCUGCGGAAACAGAAGAAGAGAUUAAGAAUUUGGUGUCCCACAGAACAUCAUGUGAAAAGGAAGAUGUAAAGAGUGUCAAAAGCUUGGAGGUCCAACCGAAAGAACCUGAAGACCAGGAGGACAGCCUAGAUUCAGAUCACUCCUUUGACAUCUUUAAAAAAUCCAAGCAAUCCCCAACAUUCCUGGCUGCGGGCCGGCUUUCUGACAUGCUGAAUGGAGGCGACGAAGUCUAUGCUAACUGUAUGGUGAUAGAUCAGGUUGGUGAUCUGGAUAUCAACUAUAUUAACAUAGAAGGAAUUAGUGCCAACACCAGCCCUGAAUCCACAGGUUCAACUCUGGGGCCUCAGAAAUACAGACACAUCCUUCCCACUGAAGCCAACCCUCGAAUGUUCCCACUAAGUGAGAGCAACAAAAUGACAGCAAAUUCUGGAGCCCAGCAGUCCUUCGUGUCACCGUCUAAUUCACAUGCUUCCAACUUGAAUCUUUCUUUUAGUCUUCAUGGAUUUGAAAAGGAACAAAAUCAUCUGAAGAAAAGAAGCUCCAGCCUCGAUGCCCUGGACGCCGACAGUGAAGGGGAAGGGCAUUCUGAGCAGUCCCACAUGUGUUACACUCCAGCGUCCCAGAGUUCCUCAAGAACGAGGAUUCCCAGUGGGGAUGAAUUGGACUCUUUUGAGACUAACACUGAACCGGAUUUUAAUAUCUCCAGGACUGAAUCACUUUCUCUAUCAAGUAAUCUGCAAUCGAAGGAAUCAUUGCUUUCUGGAAUCCGCUCACGUUCUUAUUCCUGCUCAUCACCCAAAAUUUCUUUAGGAAAAACUCGGUUGAUGCGUGAUUUUACAGUGUGCAAUUCAGCUGAAGAACAAAGAGCUUACAGCUUACCGGAGCCACCAAGAGAAAAAAGAAUUCAAGAAGAAGAAUGGGAUAAAUACAUCAUACCUGUCAAAUCAGAGUCUGAAAAAUAUAAAGUGAGCCGAACUUUCAGCUUCCUCAUGAACAGGAUGACCAGCCCUCGGAAUAAAUCCAAGAUGAAAAGCAAGGAUGCCAAAGACAAAGAGAAACUGAGUCGACAUCAGUUUGUCCCAGGAACAUUCUCUGGGGUUCUACAGUGUUCGGGUUGUGAUAAAACACUCCUGGGGAAAGAGACUGUAACACGAAUGUACAUAAGGGUUGUAAAGAUGCUGUGUCUCCAUGUACUAAGAAAUUCCAGGAGAAAUAUAACAAGAACAAACCACAGACCAUCCUUGGAAAUUCUUCAUUUAGAGACAUCCCACAGCCUGGUCUCUCCUUGCACCCUUCUUCCUCCAUGCCCAUUGGAUUGCCAUCUGGAAAGAAAGACACAGCUGGGCAGGUCCAUCCGUUAUCCAGAAGUGUUCCCAGUACGACCUUGGAAAGCUUCAGGAGGUCUGCAACAUCCUUGGAAUCUGAGAGUGACAGCAACAGCUGGAGAAGCAGGUCUCAUUCUGAUGAGCUGUUACAGUCCAUGGGCUCUUCCCCCUCCACGGAGUCUUUCAUAAUGGAAGAUGUCGUGGAUUCUUCUCUGUGGAAUGACCUCAGCACUGAUGCCCAGGAAUUUGAAGCAGAAUCUUGGAGUCUUGUGGUGGAUCCUUCAUUUUGUAGUAGGCAGGAAAAAGAUGUCAUCAAAAGACAGGAUGUCAUAUUUGAGCUAAUGCAAACAGAAAUGCAUCACAUCCAGACCCUAUUCAUUAUGUCUGAGAUCUUCAGGAAAGGCAUGAAGGAAGAACUUCAGCUUGACCACAGCACGGUGGACAAAAUCUUCCCCUGUUUGGAUGAAUUGCUUGAAAUCCAUAGGCAUUUCUUCUAUAGUAUGAAGGAGCGAAGACAGGAAUCCUGCAUUGACAAUGACAAGAAUUUUGUGAUCAGCCGAAUUGGAGAUAUUCUGGUACAGCAGUUUUCAGAAGAAAAUGCAAGCAAAAUGAAAAAAAUAUAUGGUGAAUUCUGUAUCCAUCACAAAGAAGCCGUAAGCCUCUUUAAAGAACUCCAGCAGAAUAAAAAGUUUCAGAAUUUUAUUAAGCUCCGAAAUAGUAAUCUUUUGGCUCGACGCCGAGGAAUUCCAGAAUGCAUUCUGCUCGUCACGCAGCGCAUCACGAAAUACCCUGUCUUGGUGGAAAGGAUAUUGCAGUACACUAAGGAAAACACUGAAGAACAUGAAGACUUAUGCAAGGCUCUUUGCUUAAUUAAAGACAUGAUUGCAGCAGUGGAUUUAAAAGUCAAUGAAUAUGAGAAAAACCAAAAAUGGCUAGAGAUUCUAAAUAAGAUUGAAAACAAAACAUACACAAAGCUCAAGAAUGGCCAUGUGUUUCGGAAGCAGGCACUGAUAAGUAAAGAAAGGACCCUCUUAUACGAUGGUCUUGUUUACUGGAAAACUGCUACUGGCCGUUUCAAAGAUGUCCUAGCUUUACUUCUAAGUGAUGUGCUGCUCUUUUUACAAGAAAAAGACCAGAAAUACAUCUUUGCAGCUGUCGAUCAGAAGCCAUCCGUGAUUUCCCUUCAAAAGCUUAUUGCCAGAGAAGUUGCUAAUGAGGAGAGAGGCAUGUUUCUGAUCAGUGCUUCCUCUGCCGGUCCCGAGAUGUAUGAGAUUCACACCAAUUCCAAGGAGGAACGAAAUAACUGGAUGAGGCGGAUCCAGCAGGCUGUAGAAAGUUGCCCAGAAGAAGAAGGGGGAAGGACAAGUGAAUCUGAUGAAGAGAGACGGAAAGCUGAAGCCAGAGUGGCCAAAAUUCAACAAUGUCAAGAAAUACUUAGUAACCAAGACCAACAAAUUUGUACAUAUUUGGAGGAGAAGUUGCAUAUCUAUGCUGAACUUGGGGAACUGAGUGGAUUUGAAGAUGUCCGUCUGGAACCCCACCUUCUCAUUAAACCUGACCCAGGAGAGCCUCCCCAGGCAGCCUCUUUACUGGCAGCAGCACUGAAAGAAGCCGAGAGCCUACAAGUGGCAGUGAAGGCCUCACAGGUGGGAGAUGUAGGUCAAUCAUCUGAGGAUGGUUGUGGAGAACCUGUCUUGGUGGACACAGCCCGUUCUCAUGAUGCACCAGGAUCACCUACUGCUUCACUAGUCACAGAAGGGACAGAAGGAAGAGGCUGUUGGGAUGUGGAUCCCGGGAUCCAGGGUGUGGUAACCGACUUGGCGGUCUCUGAUGCAGGGGAUAAGGUGGAAUAUAGAAGUUUUCCAGGUUCUUCCCAGUCAGAGAUUAUACACGCUAUCCAGAAUUUAACCCGUCUCUUAUAUAGCCUUCAGGCUGCUUUAACCAUUCAGGACAGCCACAUCGAGAUCCACAAACUUGUUCUCCAGCAGCAAGGGAGCCUGUCCCCCGGCCAUUCUUUUCGAGGUAGCUCCUUUCCGGACCAGGAGAAGUCCCGCAGCCUGGAGAAGCAGCGCGAGGAGCUGGCCGACAUCCACAAGCUCCAGCAGCAGUUCCAGCAGGAGCAGCGGCGCUGGCACCGCAGGUGUGACCAGCAGCAGCGGGAGCAGGAGGCACAGGAGAGCUGGCUGCAGGAGAGGGAGAGAGCCUGCCAGUCACAGGAGCAGCUGCUGCUGAGAAGCCGGGGAGAGCUGGCCAUUCAGCUCCAGGAGUACCAGCAAAACCUGGAGCGGCUGAGGGAGGGCCAACGGAUGGUGGAGAUGGAGAGGGAGAGGAUGCGGGCCAAGCAGAGCUUGCUGUGCCACUGGAGACACAGUCGGCAGAGGAGCCUCCCUGCAGCUUUUCCUCCAGGAAGCAAGGAGGUGAUAGAACUUAAUCGAUCCGAGAGUUUAUGUCAUGAAAAUUCCUUCUUCAUCAAUGAAGCAUUAGUACAGAUGUCACUUAACACUUUCAACAAACCAAAUGCAGCAGGUAUCCUUCAGGAUGCUACUUACCCCUCAAAUAUAUCGAAUUCGGAUGUGGUAAGGACUAGUGAAAAUCAAGUAGACCUCAAGAGAGAUGUUUCUCAGCCCUUGGAUGUCAACCAUGAACUGUGGACAGUCACUGAGCCCUGUCAUCAGAUAUUUCCUCUCCAUGAAAGCAGCAAGGAUUCUUGUAAAAAUGAUUUGGAUGCUUCCCAGACUGCGUCUCCAACUUCCUGCAACUCAGAUCUACAGACAGUGACCACACAUGAUGGCGAAACUGGAGAUGGAGCUGAAGAAAAUAUUGUUUACCUCUAACCGUGUUGUUGUUAUUUUUCUAAGCGAAAUGAAACACUGGCACUUUGGGGAGACACUCUUCCCCCCCAUUCCUUGUCUGUUGUGUGAUUUUCUAUGUCCAAAUUGCUUUAAGAAUAAUAUUUAAUAUUUCAUGCAAGUUCAUUUUGAGGAGGAUGUGUCUAAUUAAAUUAUUGAAAGCAUAAUUUUUCUGUUUGUAUAAUCUUUAUUACACCUAAUUUCAGAUUUCUGGAGAAGAAACUAACUUGAAUAAGCAGAAGUAUUUUAAAAGUUGUUUUGACUCUGGAGUAAAAUUCCCGUAUUGCAUUCUUUACUGGAUCAUCUGGAUUUUGAGAUGCCUUGUAAGAUCUAGAUGAAGCAACUUGGAUUUAAGGACUGAUAUUCAUAGGAGUGAACUUUCACUGUCAUAGCAGUCACUUUCUGAGAGUGGCCUUCGGGCCCAAGAAGGCAGGAGAUGGAAAGGCCUUUUACGGGCUAGUUUUUAUGUGCUUCUCUUUGGGACAGCAAAGUUGCCGUUUAACCAGCAUGUGCUCCCUGUGUCCCUGUUGUGCCUGAGCAGACACUGUCAGGGCCACAGUCCUGGCAUGCUUAGGACCUGAGCUGCGUUUGGCUGACACAUUUACCUGGUCAUAAAGCUGGUGAGAUUCAAGCCACAGUUCAGCACAAUCUUUCAACACAGCCUAGAGGCCCAGCACUCCCAGCAAAUCAGUUUUUGAUAUAAACAAUGGAGCUCCAUUAGAGCCGGCCUGCUAUGAGGGGCCGUCCUGACUGGCAGCUGCAGCACUAGCAAUUACCACUCACUGGAGGACCUCUUCCCUGCAUUCUUCAAGGACAAACGUCUGGCUCUCAUGAAGCUUGCUGCCUGGAUACGCUUUUCCACAAAGGAAAGCUGGCAUAUCCUGCCUUCGGAGUAAUAUGGGUCUCUGGGUGAGAAAAGAAACCAGGAAAUGUUUUCAUUUUAUUCUUGAGAAAUAUUUGUGUAUGUUUCGUUCAGUGUCAAUAAAUAUCCUUUACCUCAUUAUUUUACUUUGUAAUUUAGAUAUGAAGUGUAGGGCCAGAGUAAAGCUCUCAUUUUGUGCACACAUACCAUCUGCCCUUAUGAAAAGUGAAAAGAAAGGAGGAUUAUUAAAUGCAUUCUGAAUUUCAGCUCUUGCCAGAGACAGAAGUGAUAGGAGGGGAAAAAUUUUCACUCAAAUCCCAUUGUGGUGUUUUUCCUACUUAAAGUUGUAAGUUGUUAUCUACAUUGUUUUUUCAUCCUGACAAGUAAAA